GCAACGAGUGGGCCAUUCAGCGCCGUGUUUGGUUUGUGUGUCGGUGGUUUGCAGAGGCAAGCUGAGCUGGGACGCAUUUAGCCUCGGAAAUACGGCAUAAAUUGAAGCAUGAAGAUGCAGUAGGUGGAUCUUGCAUUCAUGUUUUCUAAUCUGCACAUGCUGUAGAUUUUCCACACUGGUUGCUGACGGCUGCACUGCAACAAUGCCAGAGUCCUCACAGGUCAAGGACGCUCGCCGCUGUUCUGUGGAAUGUAGAACACCUCCCUUGAGUCAGUUCAGCCAGUCAUCGCUGCCACUCCACAGAAACUCUCACAGGCUCAGCACCUUCUGCACAGAGCACAAUCUGCAGGAAUGCCUGUCUCACAUCAGUCAGGAGGUGUCACUGCUGGGUCUCUCGCCUGGCUGGACCGAGUCGGACAGCGGCUCACAGCUGAAUGUUGUGGCUGUGCUGAAUUGCAUGUAUGACCUGAUUCAGCUGCACCACAGGAGCCUGAGAACACUGGAGAACAUGGAAAUAGAGCAGCUGAAACUCAGCAGCAGUAUGGAUUUCCUGAAGAUCAAUAACACUCAUCUAAAGGAAGAGGUUGAAGUUUCCAAACGACAAAACAUGGGAUUGCUUGAGAGAGAACGACAGCUGCAGCUGAAACUGAAGAGUCUGCAGAACUGUCUGAAAAAUGAGAAAGAAGAGGUGCAAAAACUGCAGAACAUAAUUUCAAGCCGUGCUUGUCAGUUCAACCACGAAAUGAAAAGGAGGGAGAGAGAAUUCACUAAACUAAAGGAGCGACUGAAUCAACUCCUAGCUGACAAAAAAGAUAGAAAACCAGCUAUUGACGUAUUAAACAACAUUGGAAGAGCUGAUGGAAAGAGAAGCCUUUGGAAAACUGAAAAAACAGAGGCAAAGCAUGAGGGAGAGAUGUAUAGGACACUACUAAACAACUACGACAUGAGGCAGAGGGAGAUGGUCCUGGAAAAUGCAGAGCUGAGGAAGGUGAUGCAUCAGAUGAAGAAGGAGAUGGUGUCCAUCCUGAAGUCAAGAAAACUGAUCCCCAAAGGAGAAAAUUAUGACCAUAAUGACACACAGGCUGCCUCAGACGAAGACGAUGAGGUGUUUGACCCCAGUAAGGAAAGUUUAGAGCUGUUUUGUAUUGAUGCCAGGGAGAAGCUGACUAACAGUAUUCGCCUCCAGUGGAGAAGACUCAAGAGCCAUGUUGAAAGACUGGACAGCCAAGUAUCUUUGACUCAGAUAUCUGAGUCUAACAAUGAUGACGUUGUCCCUCGUGAGAAUCAUGAGGAGGAGAUGGACCGGCUAAAGAUGGAGAUCCAGCGGUGCAAAGAUUUCAUUCAAAAGCAGCAGCAGCUCCUACAGAAGCAGCUGAGCUGUGUGUGCAACGAAGACUCAGUGUCGCUGCAGAAUGAUGGCUACAUGCUGCAGGAGAAGAAACGCCUCAGUGAGGAAUGGAAGAGCUUAGAGGAACAGAGAAAGAGCUUUGAGAGGGAAAGGAGGAACUUCACUGAAGCAGCUAUUAGACUGAGCCAUGAGAGGAAGAUCUUUGAGGAGGAUCGGGGAACAUGGCUCAAACAGCAGUUUCUAAGUAUGAGUCCGUUUGGAAACUCAAAGCAGCUUCAUGUGCCGAAGUCAGCAAGUGCCUUAUUGAUCGCUGAAACGGAGGUUAGUGCACCAAUGGGUCCAGAAACACUCAGCGAAUGGCAACCAGACUCGGCCUCCCCAAUACCCAGAUCGGUUUCUCUCACAUAUUCUUCUGCAGCUGAUUUGGAGUGUGAACUUCGCCUUAUUCCAGAAAAUGGUGUGACUUACAGCUCGUCAAAACACAGAAAGGCAGAACAUUUUGAGGAAUUGAGCCCACUAUGCAAAAAUGUUUCUCUGCGGGACAAACAGUGGACGGAGAGCGAAGACCUCAGCAACUAUUCACUCACACCUGAGAAGAGCAGUAGUAUAUGAAGCCAUGGAAACUUUUAUUAUUUGAAUGAGAAUCUCUUAAUGUAUGCUGUUUAUGCAUAGUUGCAGAAAUGUGUAUCUGAUGAAUCUAAACAUCAAAGACAGAGUAAAAUGAAGCCAAAUA